AUGUGUAUCGUCCUAUACUAUCCUCCCUUUGCUCACACUACUAACCUCAAGAUGUUCUGUGCUUCUGUCCUUUGGCCACUUGCAGACUGCAGCUGCAAGUGGUCAAAGGCAGUGCUACAGUUUUAUUCAAGUGCUCACUCCCACAAGUGGUUCUUCACAGGCGGCGCGCUAUCAAUCCUUAUUGAUAGCGCGCCUUUCAGUGACUUGGGGCAUGUCAUAGACACGCCCCAGGGACUGGACGCCUUGAAUUGUGGGUACUGGGGGAGUUUGUCUUGGCCAUCCAUGUCCCCAGGGACUGGAUGCCUUGAUUGUUUUUCCGCAGUGCUGGCCUGUUUUUUCCAGUUUUCAAGUAGGCGUCAGUUUAACAUUGAAGAUCAUACUGACUUGCACUAUAGUUUUGGUGGUCUACACCUUCUGUGCCUACCACCUUUCCUUAACAAGUUUAAUCCGAGCUCAACGCAAAUGUAUUACCCUUUAUGGGCAUUUUCUGGUCAUGUGAUGCUUAAAUCUUUGCCCAACUUUUGA